AUCAGAAUUCGAAGUUGAAUCAGAAGUUAGUAUUGAUAAUAAUAUAGUGAGUGAAAGAAUAGAGUGAAAGAAUAGAACAAAAUGAAUUCAAAAGAAAUAAAAGGAUGGCAGCUACUUGUCGUUGAGGAACAAAAUGAAUAUUAAAGACAUCUACUUCAUUAACUUCUUAUCAAAUCAUUCAACAGAAAAUUGAUGUUUGAAGAAAAGCCGUUCGUAAAGACAACGACAGCUCAAUAUGAAGAAUUGGUAAAAUAUAUGGAGUCACAUUCAGAAUUUGCCACAAAUAAGUAUUUAACUAAAGAUUGUAAAAUCCAUCACGCUAAACAAUGGGAGCAGUUGGCAGAAAUGCUUAAUGCAUUGCCUGCAGGCAAUAAGAAAACAUUGAAGCAGUGGCAGACAGUUUGGCGUGAUUUAAAAAGUAACGCUUCAAAGAAAGCAGCAAAAUUACGCUAUGAAAGGAAUCGGACAGGAAAUUUUCCAUUGAAUUCAGAAAGUCUCGAUAAUUUGCAACAACGUAUUGUUGCCUGUAUGGGGCUACAAUAUGUUGAAGGUGCACAUGAUUGUCCGGACAGUACUCCAGAACAAGAGAAACAUCAACUUCAACUAGGACAUGGGAACGAUGAUGUUCUAAACAUUCCACUAGAGACGACGUCUAUAAGUGAAAUUUGGAAUAUGGAAAAAAACGCAGAUAUCGAUAACGUUUUUGAAAUAAUGGAGACUAAUACAAGUAACGGAAACGAUUUGACAUAUAAUGAUGUUAUGCAAUGUUUAAAUAAUGAAGACACUACAACGAAAAGGCCGACAGGCUUAAAAAGAGGCAACAUCAAAGAGACUGCAACAAAAAAAGAAGGAAAUAUAUAA